CCGAGAUAGAUGUCCUCCGAAUAAAAUACCAGAACGCUCUUAUUUUUUUGACUGGCAAGAACCUCGUGGUGCUACCAGAUGCACUUUCGGAUCCCGGGCUCGAUGCGCUGUCAGACGCGGCGUUCACCGAUACGACGAGCGACCUAUCCGGUUUUGUACUGUUCGGAUCAACCACGAUAUCGCAGCAGGCAAACACGAGCUUUUCUGCGAUGAAUGCCGCUGCUCAGAGUGCGACGGACCCCCUGACGGACGAGAUACAGAGGACCAUCAACGUCCCGUUCUACGGCCCACUCGGAUUUGGGAAGAAGUCACAACAGCUCUCAGUGGCCUUUGACACGGGUUUUUCAGAUAUCUGGAUCCCUGUGGGCUGCGACGAUUGCAUGAACCCGCAAUAUAACGCCGCUGCGAGUUCAACAUACAGGAAUACUGGGAAUGCGUUCAAUGUAAACUAUCAGGGCCUCAGCUAUGCAGAAGGGACUCUUGCGUAUGAUACGAUCAGCAUGAGCGGCUUGAAAGUCAACAACCAAUAUUUUGGUGCUGUCACUGAUGUGUCGAGUAACUUCAAUGCCGACCCGAUCUCCGGGUGUCUUGGGCUCGGUUUCAGCUCCAUCGCGACAUCAGGGAAGCCAACGUUCUUUGAGAACUUGAUCAUGCAGGAAAAGGUCGAAGCACCAUUCUUCUCGGUACAUUUGACGAGAGGAAAGGCGAGCGGAUCGAAGAUAACUCUGGGUGGCUACGACAUGUCCAAGGCGGUGGGACCUCUGACAUGGGUCUCGGUUAUUUCCAAGACCUUCUGGACAGUGAUUGACACAGGUUCUAAUUUUAUAUACGUUUCACAGGCUUUGGCAAAUUCGAUCUACGCCAAUAUACUCGGGGCUGGCCCCGCAGCAAACUAUAGCUCCGGUUUCUUCUCCUUUCCAUGCGACUCCAACCCCACGAUUUCAUUCUCGCUUGGUGGGCACGACUUCGGACUCAAUGGGUAUGGGUCAACAAACUGCAUUGGCGGAAUCAUUGGCCUGGACGAUGCAUUCAUGGAAGGAAUUGUCAUCAUCGGGAAUGCGUUCAUGAAAUCAUGGUACUCGGUAUUUGACUACUCGCACGGAGCGCGGGUGGGUUUUGCGCCUAGCAUCAAUAAUGCGCAGUAAAAUAUUUUGUAUAAUUGAUACCCAUGGAUAUAUAGCGUCUUGAACCCCUGAAAUCUGUGUGGCUACGGACAUGAACUACAAAGUCACGCUGAUUACUGCACUUGACGCAGUCAAAGUAAAAACGUUGAAAUGUAAUUCGCGUGUUUCUCGUGCGGUGAGGUAAACAAGAUCCGCGAGGGCUGCC